GAAAAAGAAAGAAAUAAAUUCACUUCAACAUGGUUCUGGGCAUCCUCACCGCAAUCGCAGCAUGUCCAGCAAUAAUCGGAACCACCGAAGCCGUCCGACACGGCCAACGGCAAAACUCACGAGAAGAACAACGCGGCCGCAAAACCAACCUCACAGUCUCACUCCUCCACCGCAGCGAAUACACUUCCCAAUUCGACGGCGCAUACAUUGUUCUCAAAGACCACAAACUCUGGAUCGACACCACCGGCCUCGCGAACCAUUUGCAUCCCUUUUCAGGAUAUUUUCUCCCUUAUCCGCACGACGACGUCGCGCAGAGUUGGCGAAAAGCGGGUUUUCGGAAAGCUGAGGGAAUGGUUACGACGAUUUCGAACGAUCCGCCGUUUUUGAAUUGGGUUUAUGUGGAUUGUGAUAGUCAUGAAGUUAAAUUUGGGAAGAGGGAUGAGGUGGAAGGACAUCGUCUUGGGCCUUUUGAUGUUACUAAGACGGAUCGGAGAUUGACGUUUGAGGGGUGGGAGGGUUUUGUUGCGGUUCAAGAGCACGAUGGAGAGGAUUUGUGGGCGUUGUAUUUUGACGUGCAUGAUGAUGGUUUGACGAGUGGUGAACGUGUCGGGACUCAAGCGUUACGAAUGUUGGCGCUGGAGGUGUGGAGGAGAGAGUUGAGAGUCGAUCGGGAGAUGGCCAUGGAGGAACGGUUGGAGAGGAUACGGAUGCGAAGGGAGGAAGAGGAGAGGAAGUCGGAGUCUACGACUGUUUCGUGAUGGAUCUACUUCACGACAUCGAUGUUGGGUAGAGAAAGAGAGAGAAAAAGAAAGGGGACCUUAGGCAUUCACUCACUCAAGUGGAGCAAUU